AUGGCUUAUUGCCUCUCUUCCAGAAUUAACUCCAAAUCAGGAAAACAUUCGUCAAAGUACUACAACUCUUUGACCUACACACUGUCUCUUUUGCAAAACACCGAAACCAGCUCAGAGGAUAGCGAAUCGGAUUCUUCUUCAGAUUUUGCCGAAGAAGGGCAAAAACCCAAAUCCGAGUGGGUAGCAUCAGGCGGAGAACUAGCUCAGCCGCCUUCAGGAUUGGUCAGUGGGAAAGACUUCGAUUAUGCGGUAUUGAUUGAACAAAUGCGCGCGCUUGGACUUCCCACCAGUUUUGGUGGUCCUUCCCGUCUAAAUCCAAAGCGGCUUCCAUCAGCUCAAUUUAAUCAGAACUAUUCGGUUGACGACCUAGAUGGGCUAUUUUUAAGUUGUCGAAAUGAUGAAAUUGUAUCGCGUUCGAUUACUCACAGUCUCACCGAUAUUUUUAGUGUUUCCUUAACUGGCGGAUGCAGUACUUGGCGUUACAAGCCGGCGUCUGCCAAGUCUUCCCGAGCCUACGUUCAGCAGCAGGAGCCCCCGGCAGGCCUGUGCGAGGCGACGAGUGUGGACAUCGUGGAGAAGUACUGGGCUCAGCGGUACCGCCUGUUCUCCCGUUUCGACGAGGGAAUUCAAAUUGACUGCGAGGGCCUAUUUAGUGUUACCCCGGAGGUGAUUGCUGCGCAUCACGCAAGGAGGUUGUCCAACAUUCUUGGCGGUUCUCCCUCCUCGCACACCGUUCUGGAUCUUUUUACGGGAGUUGGUGGAAACUGUAUUCAAUUGGCGCUUGUUGGUUUCACUGUUGUCACCGUUGACAUAAGUCAGUCAAUGCUCAACAUGGCGGAUUCUAAUGCUCGUGUCUACGGCGUCCGAGAUCGCAUCACAUUUAUCAAAGCCGAUGCCUUCUCCUUUCUUCAUGAGACUGGCGAGCGGUUUUCCGCAGUUUUCGCCUCACCUCCCUGGGGGGGCCCCUCGUAUUCCUCCUCCAGCAUCUUUUCCCUGACCAACCUCGCGUUCUCGGGAGAAGGGAACGAUGACAAAACCAUUUUUGAUCUCUUGAUAGCCAUUACGUCUGUCACUCGCGCUGGGGGCCCUAUUGGCCUGUUUCUACCACGGAACUCCAACACUGGUCAGUUAUUUGAGCUGCACCGAAAAAUUACUGGUGCCUUCAAACUCAGCGCGAUUCCCCUGCUCGAAUGCGAACUCGCACUGAUCCACGGGAAACCCAAAGGCGUGACGGUGUACUUCUACAGCGACGACUAUGCCAAGCAUUGUCAUUCCUCUGAGGCUAUAGACAAUGGGGGGUAA